UUGACUUGAUUUAGAUUUUUCUUCUGUUCACUGACUUUGCAUUUUGUUGAGUGAUAACAAUAAACUAUUAACAUGUCUAUAAUGGUGCCAAUUAUUUUCCUGUGUUUGGAUAAUAGGAAGCUAUACAUCUGAUGCUUAUUACCGUGAAAAAAAUAAACAUUUCCUGAAAGAGAAAGUAAGGAUAUUGACACUACUAGCAACAGCAGAGGUUUUUACAAAGAGCAUAUUUUAGAGUUACUGGGUGUGGUAUGUUUUGCAACUUUUUUCAGUUUUUGGAAAAAGUUUAUUAUUUGCUGUGUUAAAGAUUGAAAAGCAUAGCUGGUGUCAUACACCGGGGCUAUGGUGAGAGCCUCAAGGCUGGACUAUCAGAAUCAUUAAAAGCUCAGCAAUUUGGUCUGACUAAGUCUUUGGAGAUGUCCCACGUAAUCCUGUAUGCUCCAGUGUAUGGAUCAAAAUCCUGUUCUUUGAGUCAUGAUCAAAGCGAUUUUUGGAUUCAUAAUUCUUGCUACAUUUGCACAUGGAUACAAGUCACUAGAAAUGUCCAAGUACAUUCUUCAAGACCUUGAUCUUUUCCAUAAGGUAAUCAAUGGAACUUUAUAUUGGACGCAACAUUCGGCCAUGAACCUAACCCUGUAUACAGCAAACAUACAGACUGAUGACACCUGCAAUGAUUCUAUUAUACAUUGUUAUCUGCUGGAAUUAGCUGUUGUUGUAGAGGAGGUGGCUUGUGUGGAAAACAACACUGAAGCACAAAUUCUCCUUGAGUUCAUGAAGGAUAAUUACUUUCCAGAUGGUCAACACAAAGCCCUAGGGGAUUUUGUACCUGUUAUACCGGAUAACUGUCCAAAAUGUGAAGAUUAUGAAGAGAAAAACUUUCAAGAAUUUAUGAAGGAAUUUAAAAGCCUGUUGCAAUAUCUAAUCAUGGGUUAG